AUGGUGGGAAGAGAGAAGAAGGAGAUUCUUGGCUUCCAUGUCACAAAAAUCAAUAACUUCUCGCAAUGGAAUGAAAAUUUAUCACUGACUAUAUCAUGGUCAUCUGCAAACCCAGGUCGCAGAUUUUAUGGUUGUAAAUUGGGUCGAGAUCGCUGCAAAUAUUUCAGAUGGAAUGAUGAUGAAAUGCCUGACCAAACUAAGAGGGUUAUACGGGGUCUGUUGAAGAGAGUCGAAAGAACUGAGAAAAUAGUUGCUGUUGUAGUUNGUGGUGGUGGUGCUGUUUCUAUGGAUUUGGCUUUGGUGAUGCUGGUGGUUUGA